GUUCCUCACUCUGAAGCCAGACUCCUUGAAAUACCCUUUGAGUAAGCUCCAUCAACGCCUCCAUGUCUCUGCUCUGCCAUAACAAAGGCUGUGGGCAACACUUUGACCCCAAUACUAAUCUCCCUGAUUCCUGUCACUAUCACCCUGGGGUCCCAAUCUUCCAUGAUGCACUUAAGGGUUGGUCCUGCUGCCGAAAGCGAACUGUAGAUUUCUCUGAGUUCUUAAACAUCAAGGGCUGUACUGUGGGACAACACUGUGCUGAGAAGCUUCCUGAGGGCCCUCCACAGCCUGAGGGCCCUGCCACAAGUUCACUUCAGGAGCAAAAACCUCUGAAUACAAUUCCAAAGUCAGCAGAGACCUUGCUCCGAGAAAGGCCUAAGUCAGAGAUGCCUCCAAAACUGCUGCCACUUAUUAUAUCUCAAGCCCUGGGAGUGGCGCUGGAGCAGAAGGAGCUAGAGCAGGAACCUGGAGCAGGACUUGACAGUAGUCUGAUCUGGACUGGUUCCAGCUGCCAGAACCCAGGAUGUGAUGCUGUUUACCAAGGCCCCGAGAGUGAUGCUGCUCCGUGUACCUACCACCCAGGGGCACCUCGGUUUCAUGAGGGGAUGAAGUCUUGGAGCUGUUGUGGUAUCCAGACUCUGGAUUUUGGGGCAUUCCUGGCACAGCCAGGAUGCAGAGUUGGUAGACAUGACUGGGCCAAGCAGCUGCCAGCAUCUUGCCGCCAUGAUUGGCACCAAACAGAUUCCUUGGUAGUGCUGACUGUAUAUGGCCAGAUUCCGCUUCCUGCAUUCAACUGGGUGAAAGCCAGUCAAACCGAGCUUCAUGUCCACAUUGUCUUUGAUGGUAAUCGUGUGUUCCAAGCACAGAUGAAGCUCUGGGGGGUCAUAAACGUGGAGCAGAGCUCUGUCUCCUUGAUGCCAUCCCGGGUUGAAAUCUCCCUGGUCAAGGCUGACCCAGGAUCCUGGGCCCAGCUGGAGCACCCCGCUUCACUAGCUGAGAAGGCUAGGGCAGGGGUUUUGUUAGAGAUGGAUGAGGAAGAAUCUGAGGAUUCAGAUGAUGACCUGAGCUGGACAGAGGAGGAGGAGGAAGAGGAGGAAGAAGCUAUGGGGGAAUAGGAACGGCAGACAGUUGAGUUUCAGGGUAGGCCCUCAGUGACCUCCUUCGAAUCUCAGAGACCAGGAUAUGGUUGACUAUAUGCUGUCAUUGAGCAGCAGGAGGCUGGAGGAGGC